AUGUCAAUUAUUAAAUCUAUUUCAUCAAUGAACCCAGUUAACGGUGCCUUAUCUAAAUCAAUGUUAGGCUCAUCUGGAAAUGUCUCAUUCUCUGAUAAUGAAUCAGCUUGGUUUGGUAAUAGCUUAGGUGGCAGUUCAUGUGGUUUCAAUCCAUGCUUUAAUCCAUGCAGUGGUGGUAACACUAACAUUAUCAAUAUUGAUAUCGAUAUUGGUCAUCGUCGUAGAAGAUGUUGUUAA